AUGUAUCCUCAAAAAGUCGACGUAAAGAGUUGCGGCAAAGUCGAGCCCCCCCACCCGUGUGAUCCUCCCCCACCAUGCGACCCCCUUAAAGAGCCAGAGGGCGACUGCUUCCCUCCCUUUCUGUGUCGGGAGAGGUUGAAGAAUCCUGAGAGCCCUGACUCCAUAACCAGGUGUCGAAAUGCCCCAUCAAUCGGAGUUAGGUCAUGCGAGAAGCCCCCUCCCCCUCACCCCUGCGACAAUCCUCUCCCAUGCAGUACCUUCAAGAAUAAAAAGCAACAAUGUGACGAACCACCCCUCUGCGUAGAAAGAAUCAAGAAUCCCAAGGAACGGAAGACCCGAUGGGUUGUUUGCACGAAUUCGAAGGGAGAAGUCGAAGAAAGAGAAGUUUACAAGGAUGAUUAA